CGCGUGCGCUCCAUCACCAUGUCGGGCCCCUCCAUCCACUUCACCCUCCCCGACCCGUCGCUCUUCAAGUUUCCGCCGCACAAUCUCCCCGCUGCUCUUCCUCCUCCGUCCGACGAGGCUACCUGGAAGUCGCCCUUCCCUAUCGACUUCGAUGUCUACAAUCGCGCUUUGGACGUAAAGGUCCCUAUUACCAUCGCGACUAUCUAUGUCAUCACUGUCCUCGGCAUCAACGCCUACAACAGACGCCAGGGAAACAAGCCAUGGGCCAUCAGUAAGACCCGCGCUUUCAAGCUCUUCGUCGUCCUGCACAACGUCUUCUUGGCCGUCUACUCUGGUGUUACCUUCUACGCCAUGUGCCGCGCUAUCAACGCUACCUGGCCCGGACUUGACAACAGCGCUGGUCUGGCUGGUGUUGCCGAUUCUCUAUGCAAGAUCAAUGGUCCCCGCGGUCUCGGCGAUGCUGUUCACUACAACGCAACCUCCAACGUCUGGCAAACUAAGAAUGCUCUGAUCAAGCUGUUGCCUGAGGGAACUCCUGACUCUACCGAUGUUGGCCGUCUCUGGAACGAGGGUCUUGCAUUCUGGGGUUGGUUCUUUUACCUGUCCAAGUUCUACGAGGUUGUCGACACCAUGAUCAUUGUCGCAAAGGGCAAGAGAAGUGCAACCCUCCAGACAUACCACCACGCAGGCGCCAUGUUGUGCAUGUGGGCCGGCAUCCGUUACAUGUCCCCUCCCAUCUGGAUGUUUGUCUUCAUCAACUCCUUCAUCCACACUCUGAUGUACACUUACUUCACCCUCUCUGCUGUCAACAUCCGUGUGCCCAACGCUCUGAAGCGUACUUUGACCAGCAUGCAGAUCACUCAAUUCGUCUUUGGUGCCUCUUAUGCCGCCAUCCACUUGUUCGUCAAGUACGACAUUCCUAUCGCGACCGCAUACAGCAUCUUCCACCCUAUCUCUUCCGCUGUUGCAAAGGCUUCUUCGACCGCUUCCAGCGUUGUCUCAGCCGAGACCUACGGCGCAAUUCUUCGUCGUAUUCUUCUCCGUGCUGCUGGCGAUGAAGGUGUUGCUGAGAACGUCCGCGACAGCCAGGGCAACAUCAUCAUGGAAAAAGCACAGGAGGCCAUUCAAAAGUACCAUGAGGAGACCCGCUACAGAACCGACUACGCUACCAUCAACUGCCUUGACACCACUGGUCAAAGCUUUGCUGUUUGGUUGAACAUCCUCUACCUCUUCCCCUUGACUAUCCUCUUCGUUCGUUUCUUCGUGCGCGCCUAUGUGUUCCGCAGCGGUUCGAACAAGUCGAAGAGCAAGCGCCAGUCUAUUAGCCGCGCAACCAAGGAUGCCGCACAUGGAACCAACCGCGAAGUUGAGCACGCUGGCAAGGUAGUCGAGAAGAAGCUUAGCCAC